UGACACAGCACACCACAACAACAACGACACCGAACAUAACCAAAACCAAAUGACACAGACGGAGAGGGAGAGGGAGAGAGAGAGAGAGAGAGAGAGAGAGACGAUGUUGGGUCUAUGCGUGAUUUGCAGACAGAACCAAAAGCUGGAGAAAGCGCAAGAAACCCAUUAGCACUUCGUUUAUCUUUUAUCUAAAUUCGAAACAAGAUUCUUCUUUGUAACCAGAUUGAUUCUUUCCAUCGACAUGUUGGAGGGUCCAUCCUUUCUCGUUUCAAGGGACUUACCAAGCUCAUGUGAGCAAGAGACUGAGUGGAUUCACAAUACUUUCCGUGUGAUUGAGCAUGCAAACAAUAAGCGUCCAUUGGAAGUAGAGGAAGUAGCUGUGUUGAGAAAGUCCUGCAAGCUUUCAGAUGCUCCUAAGGAAGGGGAAACACAGAUAAAUAUCCUUGAUCGUUCCCUUUACUUUAACCAAUCGAAUGACCAAAACCAUACAGGUGAUCAGUCUGACUCAAGUUCACUUAUCAACCAACUUGGGAGGGACAUCUCAAUUAAUUGUCUCCUACGAUGCUCAAGGUCGGACUAUGGUUCGAUUGCCUCAUUGAACCAGAGUUUUCGAUCUCUAAUUCGCAGUGGAGAGCUUUAUAGGCUGAGGCGGCAGAUGGGUAUCAUAGAACACUGGGUUUACUUCUCUUGUAAUCUCCCUGAAUGGGAAGCAUUUGAUCCAAACCGCGGUCGAUGGAUGCGGUUGCCUAGAAUGCCUUCUAAUGAAUGCUUUAUUUGUUCAGAUAAGGAGUCGUUGGCUGUUGGUACGGAGCUUCUUGUUUUUGGAAAGGAAAUAAUAUCUCCUGUCAUUUACAAAUAUAGCAUUUUGAUGAACUCGUGGUCGUCUGGUAUGGAAAUGAAUGUUCCUAGAUGCUUGUUUGGUUCUGCCAGCCUUGGAGAAGUUGCUAUAUUAGCUGGUGGUUGUGAUCCACGUGGCAACAUCUUGAGCUCAGCUGAGCUUUAUAACUCAGAAACUGGAACUUGGGAGAUUCUUCCAAACAUGAAAAAAGCAAGGAAAAUGUGUUCAGGUGUAUUUAUAGAUGGGAAGUUUUAUGUCAUUGGUGGGAUUGGAGUUGGUAACUCAAAGCAGCUAACAUGUGGUGAGGAGUUUGACCUGCAGACAAGAAAAUGGCGUGAAAUACCUAACAUGUUCCCUGGGCGAAAUGGAGGAUCCGGGGUGACUGAGAUGCCAGCUGCUGCUGAGGCACCUCCUUUGGUUGCAGUUGUAAAUAAUGUAUUGUAUGCUGCAAAUUAUGCUCAACAAGAGGUAAGGAGAUAUUAUAAAGAUAGUAACUCAUGGGUCACUAUUGGAAGAUUGCCUGAUCGGAUAGUUUCAAUGAAUGGUUGGGGAUUAGCCUUUCGAGCAUGUGGAAAUCGCCUAAUUGUUAUUGGUGGUCCAAGAGCUUUGGAUGGAAGGGUGAUUGAGGUUAAUGCUUGUGUCCCAGGCGAAGGCACACCACAGUGGAAUCUGCUUGCCAGCAAGCAAUCAGGGAGCUUUGUGUAUAAUUGUGCAGUGAUGGGAUGCUGAGGUGUUUUUGUUGAACAGGGCUUGAUCGAUUUCUUCUGAAUGGAAUUAACAAUCUUCACUUUUCAAGGAGAUGGGUUCUGGCUCAUGGGUAAUCUCUGCCCACUUUUUUUGGGGGGAAGUUCUUACUCCUAUUUCAAGUCAUAAAUACAAUCUUAGAAGUUCACAGAUCUGAGUCUUUUCAUUUUGAUCACCCUGAUGGCUUUCCAAAUGUUGGCACCAUGACAGGUGAAUAAUUUUAGCUCUUGGUACAUGUUGGGUUGCAGUGACCAUUUUCAUAAGUGUAAUUGAAGCAUUGCAGAAUUGUAGUUGGUCUCAGUUUUCAUCUUCUUCACCUUUUCCCUUUUUAAAUAUAUGUAUUUAUUAGUCUUCAGGUCUUCUCAAACCCUGUUUGCAUUGCCCAUUAUCCUGGUGCUUCACCAUCCCACUCCCUGAAUUGCAGAGAAAAUAAUAAGAGACAGAAAAGUAAUUAGGAUUAACCUUUUUUUUCCUUGUCUUUUAUUUUUGUUUUCUUAGAUCUUCAUUAUU